GCGGAGGGCGGGAGGAGGAGCGGCUGCGGCGGCACUCGCGGGGGAUGCAGCAGCGGCGACGGCGGAGGCGGUGGCGGCAGCAGCAGCAGCAGCAGCGGAGGCGCGGACUCCCCUGCGCCCCGGCCGGGCUGCGGCAGAGGCGGCUGCGCCCAGCGCCGGGUGAGGCCGCCGGAGCCGCGCGCUCUGUAGAGCAGGAAGAGGGAAAAGAAACAAGUCCACAAAACGGCUUCAGGCUCCCACAUCUCCUAAGACACCACAGAACAGCAGAAACAGAAGAUGACACCCCCCGGCUUUCUGCUCUGCUUGCUGGUCACAGUGGUUUUCUCCCUGCUCCCCGCGAGUUCAUCGUUCCUGUCUCACCAUCGCCUAAAAGGCAGGUUUCAGCGGGACCGCAGGAACAUCCGUCCCAACAUCAUCCUGGUGCUGACAGAUGACCAAGAUGUGGAGCUCGGCUCCAUGCAGGUGAUGAACAAGACGCGGCGCAUCAUGGAGCAGGGCGGCGCGCACUUCAUCAAUGCCUUCGUGACCACGCCCAUGUGCUGCCCCUCACGCUCCUCCAUCCUUACCGGCAAGUAUGUCCACAACCACAACACCUACACCAACAACGAGAACUGCUCCUCGCCCUCCUGGCAAGCGCAGCACGAGAGCCGCACCUUCGCUGUGUACCUCAACAGCACAGGCUACCGGACGGCUUUCUUCGGGAAGUACCUCAAUGAAUACAAUGGCUCCUAUGUGCCACCUGGCUGGAAGGAGUGGGUUGGCCUCCUCAAGAACUCCCGCUUUUAUAACUACACGCUCUGUCGGAACGGAGUGAAGGAGAAGCAUGGCUUUGACUACUCCAGGGACUACCUGACAGACCUCAUCACUAACGACAGUGUCAGCUUCUUCCGCACGUCCAAGAAGAUGUACCCGCACAGGCCUGUGCUCAUGGUCAUCAGCCAUGCGGCCCCCCACGGCCCUGAGGACUCAGCCCCCCAAUACUCAGGCCUCUUCCCCAAUGCAUCCCAGCACAUCACACCAAGCUACAACUACGCGCCCAACCCUGACAAGCACUGGAUCAUGCGCUACACGGGGCCCAUGAAGCCCAUCCACAUGGAGUUCACCAACAUGCUGCAGCGGAAACGCCUGCAGACCCUCAUGUCCGUGGACGACUCCAUGGAGACGAUUUACAACAUGCUAGUGGAGACAGGCGAGCUGGACAACACCUACAUCGUCUACACUGCUGACCAUGGCUACCACAUUGGCCAGUUUGGCCUGGUGAAGGGGAAGUCCAUGCCUUACGAGUUUGACAUCAGGGUCCCCUUCUAUGUGAGGGGCCCCAACGUGGAAGCUGGCUCCCUGAACCCCCACAUUGUCCUCAACAUUGACCUGGCCCCCACCAUCCUGGACAUAGCUGGUCUCGAUAUCCCCUCAGAUAUGGACGGGAAAUCCAUCCUCAAGCUGCUGGACACAGAGCGGCCAGUGAAUCGGUUUCACUUGAAAAAGAAGAUAAGAGUCUGGCGGGACUCGUUCUUGGUGGAGCGGGGCAAGCUGCUCCACAAGAGGGACACUGACAAGGUGGAUGCCCAGGAGGAGAACUUCCUGCCGAAGUACCAGCGCGUGAAGGACCUAUGCCAGCGCACUGAGUACCAGACGGCCUGCGAGCAGCUGGGGCAGAAGUGGCAGUGUGUGGAGGACGCCACGGGGAAGCUACAGCUGCACAAGUGCAAGGGGCCGGCUCGGCUUGGGGGCAGGGCCCUGUCCAACCUGGUGCCCAAGUACUAUGGGCAGGGCAGCGAGGCCUGCACCUGCGACACCAAGGACUAUAAGCUCAGCCUGGCAGGACACCGAAAAAAGUUCUUCAAAAAGAAGUAUAAGGCCAGCUAUGCUCGCAAUCGCUCCAUCCGCUCCAUUGCCAUCGAAGUGAACGGCGAGGUGCACCACAUAGGCCUGGAAGACACGCCCCCCCUUCGCAACCUUACCAAGCGGCACUGGCCAGGAGCCCUGGAGGACCGAGAAGACAAGGAGGGAGGGGACUUCAGUGGCACUGGAGGCCUUCCAGACUACUCUGCCCCUAACCCCAUUAAAGUGACACAUCGGUGCUACAUCCUUGAGAAUGACACAGUCCAGUGUGACCUGGACCUGUACAAGUCCCUGCAAGCCUGGAAGGACCACAAGCUGCAUAUCGACCAUGAGAUUGAGACCUUACAGAACAAAAUUAAGAACCUGAGGGAAGUCCGAGGUCACCUGAAGAAAAAGCGUCCAGAAGAAUGUGAUUGCCACAAAAUCAGCUACCACAGCCAGCACAAAGGCCGCCUCAAGCACAAAGGCUCCAGUCUGCAUCCUUUCAGGAAGGGUCUACAAGAGAAGGACAAGGUGUGGCUGUUGCGGGAGCAGAAGCGCAAGAAGAAGCUCCGCAAGCUGCUCAAGCGCCUGCAGAACAAUGACACGUGCAGCAUGCCAGGCCUCACGUGCUUCACCCACGACAACCAGCACUGGCAGACGGCCCCUCUCUGGACAUUGGGGCCCUUCUGUGCCUGCACCAGCGCCAACAACAACACCUACUGGUGCAUGAGGACAAUCAAUGAGACCCACAAUUUCCUCUUCUGUGAAUUUGCAACAGGCUUCCUAGAAUACUUUGAUCUCAACACAGACCCUUACCAGCUGAUGAAUGCAGUGAACACACUGGACAGGGAUGUCCUUAAUCAGCUACAUGUACAGCUCAUGGAACUAAGGAGUUGCAAGGGUUAUAAACAGUGUAAUCCCCGGACUCGAAACAUGGACCUGGGACUUAAAGACGGAGGAAGUUAUGAGCAGUACAGGCAGUUUCAGCGUCGAAAGUGGCCAGAAAUGAAGAGACCUUCUUCCAAAUCACUGGGACAACUGUGGGAAGGCUGGGAAGGUUAAGAAACAUGUGAUGGUCCUCCAAAAACAGAGGUAUCGUCUGACUAUCUGUAGACAGACAAUGAAAAUCAAACAGUGAUUUCAAGCAAAUGUAUGCUGUUAGCCAGGAGGCCUGAGAGACACGGAACAUGCUUUCAGUCAACAUGGCAAACUGGAAGAAUCAUCAAGAGUAAUGAUACUUCAGGAAGUCCAUUUUUGCCCCUGCUUUUGCUUUGAAUUAUACCUCACCAGCUGCACAAAAUGCAUUUUCAUAUCAAAGUCACUACUAACCCUCUCUGAGGCUCACAAGGGAAAAAGAACAGAAAGAGAUUUUUCUUGAAAAAUUCCCUCGAGGGUGAAAGUCACUGGAUUUUUUUUUUUUUUAAUCAUAAGGGAAAAACAACCCUGUUUUAAAUCCUCUCAACUUUUUUGGUUUGUCACAAAGAAGGAACUAAGAAGCAGGACAGAGGCAACUUGCAAUUAUUGGAAACAUUGCAUCGGGUUUGACAACAGCACAAGUGACAUUUAUCUAGCCCAGUAACCCUGGUUGCCUCUGAAGAAACUGACUUUACUGUAUAUAUGUGACUAUCUACAUGUAACCAGCGUGGGAACUUUUAGGGGAAUAUGACUAAUAAGAAAACGCAAUUUUUCAGGAGUGGUGGUGUCAAUAAACGCUCUGUGGCCAGUGUAAAAGAAAACUCCUUGCAGUUGCGGCCAUUUCUAUUCCUGGACAGAUACCUUUUCUCCCAAAAUGCCUUUUGGUUUCUGUCCCAGAACUGAUUUUUUUUUUUUAAAGUUCUAAAAAGAAAUGAAGUUGAUGUGUCCCAAAUUUUAACAAAAUUGUAUUUGUAAAGAAAUUUUGUAGUCUAAGUCUUAUCAUACAAUGUUCAAAACAAUAGCCAAUAACCAACAGUUGGGACAAGGUAA